UUGAAUCUUGCAAACUAUCGUCGCGGGUGUUCCAGCUGAGCCGCGCGGCGUUCACACUGAAAACAGCGCUGGUAUUUCGUAACGCUCAGCAACGGUCACUCUGCCAUCCUUCUUUUUAUUUCCGCCGUUUGCCGAGAAAGUUGGAAAAUUAUGGGCAAGCCAAGAGGUCUGCGCACUGCCAGGAAGCAUGUGAACCACCGUCGCGACCAGCGUUGGGCCGACAAGGACUACAAGAAGGCUCAUUUGGGCACCAGAUGGAAGGCCAAUCCCUUCGGAGGUGCUUCCCACGCCAAGGGAAUCGUCCUGGAGAAGGUCGGCGUCGAGGCCAAACAGCCUAACUCUGCCAUCCGCAAGUGCGUGAGGGUGCAGCUCAUCAAGAACGGCAAGAAGAUCACCGCCUUCGUGCCCCGUGACGGUAGCUUGAACUACAUUGAGGAGAACGACGAGGUCCUGGUCGCCGGUUUCGGUCGUAAAGGUCAUGCCGUCGGUGAUAUUCCCGGUGUGCGCUUCAAGGUUGUCAAGGUCGCCAACGUCUCCCUGUUGGCCCUCUACAAGGAGAAGAAGGAACGCCCAAGAUCUUAGAUGAACAUGCAUCUAAUCUUUUUCCAGACAAGCAGAGUUAGGGUUUUACAAAUCUAAAUAAACAAAAAAAGAAACAAA